AUGCGUGUCUUGUCUUAUUGCUUAAAGUCGUUGGGGAUGUCGAGCAAACUUUUGUCUCAAGGCUUCAUUCCUGCCAGGUUCAGGUCAACCCUUAGUCCAGAAGAUAGGAUGCGUUACAUACAUUGGUGCUCUUUCGUUUUCCUUGCAGGGUCAUUUACUGUAGGUUCAGUCUUACUGACAAGAGACCUUGCAAAAGCCAAAAAAAUAUCAGAACAAAAAUAUGGUCUGCCAUCUAUUGGUGGCGACUUCAAUUUGGUUGACCAUAAUGGAAACCCAUGUAAAUUAACUGAUUUCCGCGGAAAAUGGGUUCUGUUGUACUUUGGGUUCUGCCGAUGUCCAGAUAUAUGCCCAGAACAAAUAGAGAGACUCGUGGAAGUAUCUGACAGAAUAAUGCUUAUCGAAAAACCAAAGUAUCCCUUAGUGCCUGUAUUCAUGUCUGUCGACAGCGAACGUGAUACCCCAGAUAUUUUAGCUAAAUACGUUAAAGAAUUUUCGCCACAUCUGAUCGGGCUGACCGGUACUAAAGAAGAAAUUGAUAAAGUUUCUAAGCUCUAUCGUAUUUAUUACAGUGCAGGACCAAAAGAUGCAGAUGGCGAUUAUAUUGUUGACCACACUGUUAUAAUGUACUUACUGGAUCCGAAAGGACAAUUCUCCGACUAUUAUGGACAAGUUAAACCAGUACAGGAGAUAGUACAAAGUAUUACAGAAAAAAUGAAUGCAUACAAAGACUAA